CCCCUUAUCAAAUUCUGGCUACACCACCUCCUACCGCCCCAAUGAUUUGUGGAAUCCGUUCUCGCUCGUGCUCAUGAUAGGAAGGAGGGUCAUUCAACUCGCCAACAUCGAGCCAGAUGGCGAUGCCUAUCGAGUUCGAGACUUGACGCUCAAAGUAUGAUCGAUUGAUAUAAUGUCAUGAAUGAUCAUUUAAUGAAAUUAAUGCAAAGGGACCAUUAAUAAAAGAUAAUUAGUUUUCUCCUCAGUCCUCAAUGCCCGCCCGUCGUCUUCACACCACAUCCAGAAGAAAAGAAUCAAAUCUUCCAAACCAGAACCAGCUCUCUCUCUCUCUCUCUCCCUCCCGCCAUUCUACGCGCACUUUGAUCUUUCGCUAAAUAGUAAAUAUUUAUUAUUUCCUAAUUCCAAUUAAUAAUUGCCAUGGCGGCUUUCUUCUUCUUCUUCCCCAUACCUCAUUCCUUAGUCAACGCCAGACCCACCUCCCAUUUCGAUCGUCAUUCAGUUUCCCCCUUUCUCCCGUCUCCACCAACUCAAAUUCCCCGGCAAUGGGUCGCCGUCCGAUCGACCCAGAAUCCUCCCGCUUCCCAUCUCUCACCAUCCUCCUCGCCGGUUUCUUCUCCUUCGCCGCCGUCUACACCAUCCUCUCCGUAGUCCUCAAUCCAAACAACAGCCCGCCCGCUCCCUUUCACGGUUCGGCAGCAACGCUCCAGUCUCAGGGCGAUGGCGAAGGAGGAGACGGCGGCUGCUGCAGGGGAAUCGAGAAGCUGGAGCUGUGGGGACAGGCGGUGAAGUGGGGAUCGGAAUUCAAGUUCAAUUCCUCCCAGGAGUGUUGCCAGGCCUGCAAGACGCUGUGUAGUGGGAACCAAGGGCCUUGCCUCUGCGAUUCCUGGGUCUUCUGCGGGGACAAAGAGGCUUGCGGCCCCAAAUUCGGCGAGUGUUGGUUGAAGAAGCAGAAGGAUGUAUUGGAUCCUGAUAGGCAGGGAGCUGGGGAGACUACAAUGUGGACUUCUGGGCUCGUCUUUGGGAGAGGAGAGGGUAUUGUCGGCUUGGAAACAGAAUAUGGCACCCUUCACAUCAAACUUUUUCCAGACUGUGCACCACGUUCUGUAGCUUACAUCCUGGAGUUGCUAACCUUGCGCCACUGCGCUGGCUGCCAGUUUUACCGUGCAGAAGGCCGAGGGGAUUCAUGGGACUCAGAAGGAAACCACAUAGCUAAUGCUGCAUUUGGGCCUCCAUUUGCCUUGGUGCAAGGAGUAGUGGAAGCUCAGGGAACACCGUUCAAAAGAGUGGAGAAAGAAGCUUGUCCAACGGUGAGAAGGGGUUCGGUUGCAUGGGUUGGCUCUGGGCCAGAGUUCUUCAUCAGCCUGGCCCAUCACCCAGAAUGGAAGCAUGAAUACACAGUGUUUGGCUCUGUGAUGCCAGAGGACAUGGGGAUUGCUGAGAAGAUCGCCCAACUCCCCACAAAACCAGAUGUGUGGAACGGCAUCAACGUGUCUGUGCUUCAAAAACCGGUUCCAUUGAUGUUCAGGAGAAGCCAGAUAAAGCGCCAGGGAGAUCUUUAGUCAACUGCGAGAUAGGGUUCAUUUUGUGGCUUCUUUUCUUCUACAAAUUCCUCACGUAAUAUAUGGUGAAAGUUUUUUAUUCAACAUUUUCCCAGUGUGAAAGUCACAAACGGCAGAGCUAUUAUACCCUGAUCUUCUACUUUCAGCUUCGUAUUAGCAAAAGCGCGAAUGCAGAAAAACUGCAGUUUACACUAGUUCGUAUUAUGCUGCCAGUAUAAUGAAAGGCUUUUGAGCCU